GCCGCGAGGGCGCCUGCGCGGGGGGCGGCGGCGCGGCACUACAAGUCCCGUGAGGCAGCACAGGGCCGGGCCGGCUGCUGGCGGCGGGCGAGGCGGCGUCGGCGAUGCCGGAGGGGGAGGAGGGCGCGGCGGGCGGCGGCGCGGAGGGCGCGGCGGCGGCAGGGGAGCAGGCGGGCGGCGGCGGCGCCCCCAAGCUGUGCGGGUACCUGCAGAAGCUGUCGGGCAAGGGGCCCCUGCGCGGCUUCCGCAGCCGCUGGUUCGUCUUCGACCCGCGCCGCUGCUACCUCUACUACUUCAAGGGGCCGCAGGAGGCGCUGCCGCUGGGGCACCUGGACAUCGCCGCCGCCUGCUUCAGCUACCACCAGCCCGAGGCCGCCGCCGCCGCGGGCGACGAGGCCGCCGCCUUCGAGGUGCACAGCCCCGGCGGCGCCGUGGCCGUGCUCAAGGCCGCGACCCGUCAGGAUAUGACCUACUGGCUUCAGGAACUUCAGCAGAAGAGGUGGGAAUAUUGUAACAACCUCGAUGCGGCAAAGAGGGACAGCCGAACUUCUCCUACGCCAAGUGACUUUUCCAAAGGUCUUGUUGCCAAAGACAACCCAGAGUUGAGUAUCCUAAGUCAAAAUGCUUCAGCAGAGAGAGCUAGAAAUAUUCUAGCUGUGGAGACUUCUCCUACAGACCUGGUGGGGGAGCAGGCUGCGUCCCAGCCUGCACCAGUCCAGCCAAGUGCCAUCAAUUUCUCCCUUAAGCAAUGGAGUACGGAGAUCAGAAAUUCAAUGUCCUCUUUAAGAAAAGGAAAUAAUGAAAACCGCAAGAGCGUAUUUUACACCAGUGAAGAGUGGGAAUUGCUGGAUCCAACCCCAAAAGACUUGGAGGACUCAAUGGUCCUAGAAGAAAAAAGGAAGCACCUGACAGAAGGGAGUAAAGGACUGACUAGUUCAGCUUUUCCAUUUGAUUUUGGCCGCAUUCCACAUAAAGCAAGACGCCCCUUAAAAGACAUGAUUGGAUCAAGCAAAAACCGGAACAGCAGUGACUCUUCUCCAACUGAGUGGUAUUCUGGUAAUGGCAACAAACUAUUCUCUGAACUGCAGCUGAAAUAUCAAAGCCAGCAAGAAGAGUUGGAAAAGUUAAAGAAAGAUCUUUCAAGCCAAAAGGAACUUGUGCGACUUCUGCAGCAGACAGUCCGGUCUUCCCAAUAUGAUAAAUAUUUUGCAAGCCGUCUUUGUGAGGGGGUUCCCAAAGACAAGUUAGAGCUUUUGCACCAAAAAGAUGACCAAAUUUUGGGUCUCAACAACCAGCUUGAAAAAUUAAAUCUGGAAAAAGAUAGUCUCCAGCAGGAAGUAAAGAAUCUGAAAUGUAAAGUUGGAGAACUCAAUGAGCAGUUGGGUAUGUUGAUGGAAACUAUUCAAGCUAAAGAUGAGGUGAUCAUGAAACUCUCACGUCAACUCAGUGAAUGCGAGGACAAUACAUCCUCCCAAAGUGGAGCAGUAAAUUCCUCCAUGGCUACCUGUAUUAAUAAGGAACUACAGGAACUGGACAGACUAAAAGACAAUCUUCAGGGUUAUAAGACUCAGAAUAAAUUUUUAAAUAAGGAGAUUUUGGAACUUUCUGCCCUACGAAGAAAUGCAGAAGUGCGAGAGAGAGAAUGGCAGGCAAAGUAUACUAGCUUGGAAGCCAAACUCUGUCAGAUAGAAAGUAAAUAUUUGAUCUUGCUUCAAGAAAUGAAGACUCCUGUUUGCUCCGAGGAGCAGAGCUCUACUCGUGAGGUCAUUGCACAGCUACUAGAAGAUGCUUUGAAAGCAGAAACUAGUGAACAACCAGAACAAGCGUUUUUCAAACCACACCUGGUCAGUGAAUAUGAUAUAUAUGGAUUUCAAACAGUCCCAGAGGAUGAUGAGGAAAAACUAGUAGCAAAAUCACGAGCUUUGGACCUGAGAUCUCUUUCUCUCAGUGAAAAUAGAGAGAUCUCUACAGGAGUAAAAUGGGAAAACUAUCUUGCAAGCAUGAUGAAUAGAGAGAUGAUACGCAGUCCAGAACUGAAGAAUCUUAUACGGUCUGGAAUUCCACAUGAACAUCGUUCCAAGAUGUGGAAAUGGUGUGUCAAUCUCCAUGUUAAAAAAUUCAAGGACAGCACUGUUCCUGGGUAUUUCCAAAGCUUGCUUCAAAAUGCUCUUGAGAAACAAAAUCCUGCAUCUAAACAAAUUGAGUUGGAUCUCUUGAGAACUUUGCCAAACAACAAACAUUAUUCUUCACCAACAUCUGAAGGGAUCCAGAAGCUGCGAAAUGUGUUGCUGGCAUUUUCAUGGAGAAAUCCCGAUAUAGGAUAUUGCCAAGGUCUCAACAGGUUGGUAGCAAUUGCACUUCUGUACUUGGAACAGGAAGAUGCUUUCUGGUGCCUAGUAACUAUAGUGGAAGUCUUCAUGCCACGUGAUUAUUAUACUAAGACACUGCUAGGAUCACAGGUUGAUCAACGCGUAUUCAAGGAUUUAAUGAGUGAGAAACUCCCACGGCUGCAUGCGCAUUUUGAACAGUACAAAGUUGACUACACUCUUAUAACUUUCAACUGGUUUCUCGUGGUAUUUGUGGACAGCGUUGUUAGCGACAUCCUUUUUAAAAUAUGGGACUCUUUCCUAUAUGAGGGACCAAAGGUAAUAUUCCGAUUUGCCCUGGCACUUUUUAAAUACAAAGAAGAGGAAAUCUUAAAAUUGCAAGAUUCAAUGUCCAUAUUCAAGUACCUUCGAUACUUCACACGCACUAUACUUGAUGCUAGGAAACUGACUGCUAUUGCUUUUGGAGACCUGAAUCCUUUUCCAUUACGUCAGAUCAGGAACAGGAGGGCCUAUCACCUGGAGAAAGUGCGUCUUGAACUAACUGAACUUGAAGCCAUUCGUGAGGAUUUCCUACGUGAACGAGAGACCUGCGUAGAAAAAAGAGACCUUAUUAGCGAUGAUGAGGAGGAUAGCUGAAAGUACUCAAAUUUUUCUUUGGGAUCAUGACCAAAGCUCAUUGAGUGAGUUAACCUCCAGUACACUUUAUUGUGUCAAACAGACUGUAAACUAGUUGCUUUUGGAAAUAUGCAGGACAGAUUUCCAAACCCCAGCACUUUCAGAAAUAUUGCUUUGUAUGGAGGUCAAACACUUCUGUUUACAAUUAUGUUCGUUGAAUUGUAUGUAGAGCACUUAAAUGCGUAUCUCAGUUUAGUCAAACAGCUGAAUUGCCAGUUGUUUUCCUGUAGCACACUCUUUGUGCCAAUGUGUGAAACAGUAGCAAGAAGGUCAUCACUGUUUACCACAUUCAUUGCCAAGGUUCUGCAUUUUUUGACAUUUUUUUUGGUAGCACAGGCACGAUCUGGGAGGACAUAUCUUUCAAUUUCAUGUUGGUUCAGUAAAUGGCUUUUGUUGUGUUGUCCUCAAAUAAAUUAGCCAUUCUUUAGGUCAUAACUAGAAAAAUGAAUGUAUGGAAUGAAGCACCAGAAGAACUUUUGCAUUCCUUUGUCUUUUCCUGAAGCGACAUGAAAUGCAUCGUUGAUCGGAACACUUUGUUUUAUUCUUUAUGUAUGUUCAAGUACCUAUUUGUCAUGUGAAUGUUCAGUGUAUACUGGAAGAGUGAUAUAUGUCACUUACGCUUAUUUGGGCAGCUGUGUUGAUAAUUCUGGUUAAUACAAAGGGAUUUAUAGGUCAAAUUCUGUUCAGUCAAUCUUAUCCCUAUUCAGGUGGUGGUGGGGGGGUUUGAGACAUCACAGUCGGGGGGGGGGAGGGGGGGGAAGCCACAGCCAAAACUCAGAUAUUAUGGAGAAUGGAACUAGUCACGGGAGUACCUUGUUUUAGUAGCUAAUUAAUUGUGUAUCUGUUAAAGGUUUUUUUUUAUUUGUAGGGCUUCUACCUAUCUGGGGUUUCCAAUAGGAUGAAGUCUUGAUCUUUUAAAAAGAAACAUAGUAAGUUUUGCAUGAAUGUAUAACCAUUGUACAAUAGUGGUAGAGAUAGGAUUCUUAAAACAAAUAUUUAGCAAUGACUCAAGCCUAAAGGCCACAGCACGUGCACAAAAACUUAAGAUCCUUUUGCAGAGCGAAAACGCAAUAUUCUCUGAAUGUGUUUGUCUUUGCUGGGUGUUGCUUGCACAUGCUACAAGGGAGUGUAAGGAAACACUUGGGACACUUAGCUGUAGUGUUUCUGACUAUGAAAACCUGAUUGUAGGCCAUUCACUUCAUUACUAGCUAUGCUUUUUAAAAACAGUUCUGAGGAUAAAGCUUUUUUUUUGUUGUUGUUGUUGACUGUUCUCUAAUUGGGUUCUUGCAGUAUUCUUGAGCCAUUCAGAAUGUCUGAUUUAGACACUCUCUGGAUGGGUCUUGGUAAAACAUUCAAAUACUAGGUAGCAAAUCUCAACUUCUUAGGGGGGCUGUUAAUGGGCAAAAAUGAACUGGUGAUGAGGAAUAGUCAAAUGCAUGAAGUUUUUAUGACAUCUGUUUCCUUUUGUUCUGAGAACAAGUAGGAUUUCUGUCAAGUAUAUGCAUGUAAUUGUUUUGGAGAACUUAAGUGGGGGAGAAAUCCUGCUUCUGUUUCAUAGCACUUUUUUUUGAGAAUGUUUAUAGCCUUCUCUAAGCAUAUCAUAAGACGGUUUAUCUGGAAGGGAAAUAUUUUAUUGAAGUGAGGCAAAUAUUGUAACUUACAGAACUUCUUUUAAUACCUAAGGUAUGCCUCUUUCUGUGUAACAUAAUUUCAAAUAAGCCAACAAAUCCUUGCUAGUGAGGGAAACAUGGUAUGAUUUUGAUUUGUAUGUCACUUGUCUUCUAAAAUGUGUCUACCCUGUCUAUUAUACUAUUAUAAGCGGGGGGGGGGGGGUGUAUUCCCUAGUUACUCUUGGUUGCAUACUUGAAUUCAUUAGGUAGAUUUUUCAUAUUUUUGCAUGUACUGUAUUCCUUUUUUACUUACAACUGGUAUUUGAAUAUAAAAAUGGGACCAGCUUUUCUAAUUUUCUAGUUAUACUGUCUUUGUUUUGAAAGAGCUGGUCUCUAAAUCACAGUAUUCUGUAAUGUUCAGUCUCUGUUUUCAUCUUGUUUUCAAGUGUUAAGCUUAGAAAGAGAUUUCAUUUAAGAUCUUCCUUCCAGUGGCAACAGUUGAAAUGUUAAGGUGAAUAAUUCAGAAGUAAGUACCUACCCUGUUCUUACAGAUCUAUUAUUCUUGGGUUUUUUGAGUUUUCUCUAUGAACUGACCUUAUAACUGAGGAGAUGUUUUCAUACUGAAUUUGUUAAGGUCUUCAGGGUGUGAAGAUAAAACUAACUUUGAGGCAACUGUUCAGGAAGUUCUCUAGCUGACAAAACAUGACUUGCAAUAUUACACGACUAUUUCUUUUUUCCAAUUUUACUGAAGGUUAAAUUUGUUACUGUGAUUUGUUAUAGAUGUUGUUACCCAGUUGUAUGGUAAAAGUAAGUUUAUUACGCUAUGUGGAUCUAGUACAUGAAUAGUAGGAAGAUUAUGGAAAUCAUGUCUCUGUACUUUGGCUUACAGUCGUGAAGUGAGUUGGUGGUAUUUUACUCACAUUCCUAGCAAGCUGAUUUCAUUUGGUUGAGCAUCAUUACUGAUGUCUUAAUCAAAAGGUCAAAAAAUUGAACAGGCAUCUAAGACUUACCUCUGACCACUAGAAGUCUGCAUGGAACACUGCUGAGAACAAUGUAGCAGGAAGCCAUUUCAGGGGAAGCUUGCCUUGCUGUUGUACAAGUUUUGGGGCAAAUUUGAAAUGCAGUGUGACCUGGUGCUCUGCAAAGCUGAAUUGUGUAGAUACCAAGUGUUCACAUUUUGGGUAAACUUGCAAGGCAAUGCAUGAGGGUUUAAUAUUUGUCACUUAUUAGGAAAUGGACUUGUUAAUGCAAAUUAAGAUCUUAAAUCGAUGAUCAUAAAACUUUGUUUAAUGUUUCAUGGUUUUGUUUAUUGUAAUGAACUUUUAGGCUUUAUUUUUUAACAUUAAGAUUAUGCACAUGCAUAAAGAGUUCCAUAUGGAAGGCUCCCAGUGUAUGUUGCAUAAACCAAAUCCCACUGAGUCGCGUCCUGCAGAAUAUCCCUCCAUCCUCAGAGUUAUGUAUGGCUUUCCAGUGAAACUUCUAUCUAUUGUUUAAAAUAUCUUCUGUUAAAUAGUCAGAAAUCUGGUGCACUACAUAUUUAGCUAUUAAAACUGCACAGUAUUCCAGCUUUACCUGUACAUGUCUGUAGGUGGUAUUAUUAUCAAGUGUUGUUGGACUGUUGUUUUUUUACAAGCUAUGUAAACCAUAGAAAGAAUUUUUGUUGCCUUUUAGGUAUCUUCUGUGAGAGAUUCUCCCCUUCUCCCAGUCUUUGUAAACAUGGUAAGAUGUUUAGCAGAACGGGAAGGACUUUUGUUCCCUAAGACAUCAAGAAUGAAUGAAUGGCUGGUUUUAAAUCUCAAGUUAAGUUGUAUGUUCAGUCCAUACUUAACUGAGAAAUAGAAAAUUAGUCACUUUAUUUCAAGAAAAAGUGUAGCUGUUUAAGUGAAUCUUUCCUUAAGUGCCAUGUUAUAAAUCAGCAAUAUGCGGUACAAGAAAUUUCAAUCACCAAAUGUAACCAAUGUUGUUUUGCUAAAGAAUGAUGUAAAGAAAAAUAAAUUGUGUAUUACUUUGCAUUACAA